UGUGUGUCUGUUGCAGCAGUCUGAAUCAACCACCACCACCACCAUCAUCAUCAUCAUCAUCAUCAUCAUCAUCAUUCCUCUUUCCGAAGCUUUUGUCUCCAAACAUCACCAUGAGAGUGAGAGCCAACAACCUACCCUCUUAUCAUCAUCAUCAAUAAGUUCCUAUCACUACUAUAUAAUCAACUCAAUACUCCCUCCAAUCUUGUUUGCAUCAACUAUACUUAGCUACUAAUCAUGGCAUUCCCACCACCACCCUCUUCACAAAGUGCUAAUAAUUUCAUCUUCCACAAUCAUGAACACCAACCAGAUCAUCAUCAUCAUCAUCAUCACCAACCCUUCUCUUCUAACUCCCUCAAUUCCUUCCCCUCUUUGCCAAUUCCUUCCCAUCACCACUUCUUAGGUCAACCACACAACACACCCUCUCUCUUUCUCAAGAUGGGUUCACACCAAUUCUUAGGGGGUGGUGGACCUCUCAUGUUGAAAAGAUCCAUGUCAUUUUCAGGGAUCGAGAACAAGUGCGGCGGCGACGGCGACGACGACCUAUCGGAUGACGGAUUCGGGUUCCAAUUUGGGGAGAAGAAAAAGAGGCUGAACAUUGAACAAGUGAAAGCACUUGAGAAGAGUUUUGAGUUAGGGAACAAGCUUGAACCUGAAAGAAAGGUUCAACUUGCUAAGGCCCUUAACUUGCAACCGAGACAAAUUGCUAUUUGGUUUCAGAAUCGGAGGGCAAGGUGGAAGACUAAGCAACUUGAAAGGGAAUAUGAAUCUCUUAAGAAGCAGUUUGAAGCAUUGAAGGUUGAUAAUGAUGCACUUAAGGUUCAGAAUCAGAAAUUACAUGCUGAGUUACAGGCCCUAAUCAAAGGAAAGGAGUAUUAUUGUGAAGAAGAUGGAGCAAUAAUAAGCAACCUUAAUAAGAAAGAAGCUGGAGAGGGUUCAUGGAGUAAUAAUAAUAAUAAUAAUAAUGGUUGCAGUGACAAUAAUAAUAUUUCAUCUUCAGACAUUAACUUAGAUCUCUCAACAACACCAAUUAUAAACACUAGUCCAGUAUCUUCUCAAAAUGCCAAAACUACCCUUGAAUCCAAUAAUGAUAAUUCUCUAAAGCCCAACAACAACAUAAUUCAGCUCCUCCAAUACUCACCAUCAUCAUCAUCAAGACCACAAGGGAUUCCUCAUCAAGAUGAAGGCUUAUGCAACAUGUUUCAUCACCAAAUUGAGGAUCAACAGAAUCUGUGGCCCUGGCCUGAACACCAGCCUCAUAAUAAUUUCCACUGAUCCAAUUCACUCAGGUUCUUAGUAAUAAAAUUCCAAUAUCAAUAGUUCAAUUGAGACAAAAGAAAAUAAAAAAA